AUGUCGACGCCCACACCCACCACCCUCCGCAGCCUCUACCGCUCCCUCCUCCGCGAACUACCCNCUCGCACCUCACCCACACCCUCACCCCUAGCCACCCACCUGCGCAGCACCUUCGCCUCAGUCUCUCCCACCACACCCACCUCCGCCUUCACACGCGCCACCCUCUCAGACGCUGAAUCCACAUCCGCGACCAUGGCAUCUUCCUCCGGUCUCUCCGGCAUCGGUGCCACCAAGUCCUCCCUCCAAAAAGUGCAGGAGGCAGAGCAAUUGGCGCAAUAUCUCAAGGCGCAGAGGAUGUAUGUUACGCUGGUCGAGAGGUAUAAUCCUGGUAUGAAUAUGAAUGAGGAGGAGAGGGUGAGGUUGACGGCGAGGAGGGUGGGUAUGGAUUUGCCUGUGGACUAUGUCAAGGAGUAG